UUCGCGCUAGCGCACAGGUGUGAGCCAAACCGGGAGUUCGGGAGCUUCCCUGCUGGCAGGCCAAUUCAGUCGACUGCUCUGGAUCUGGUGGCACAGAUCUUCGCCCGCAUGCCGUGCGUGGAGGAUCUCGUUCGCGGUCGCAGCCACUGCGGUACUCUCAGCUCUGCUGAUGCAAUCUAUAAUUGAAUCACGCGUCUAUUUGGCCUUUGGCCCUUUAUAUUGGACCUUUGUGCGCAGACACAGUGAUGAUCAACAAGGCCCUCCCAUACUAUCUUGAGGACCGUUCCGGCUCGUACGCGGGCUCCGACUUCGACGACAUCUAUGACCGUCUCUUCCUUCGUGUGUCGCGACCACCAGGGAGUGCCACGGAUGGCCCGCCCAACGCCCUCAUGAUAUACAACGUCGGCCGUCGGUCGUCGAACCAACGAGAUUACCGACCAUUACAGCGUGAACCCUCUGUCGCCCUCGAGUUCGGGCCCAGCGGAACGCUGGGACAGAUCUCUUUCAUGGGCACGUCUGUCUCUAUGCCCAUGAACCAGUACCUGAAGAAGGUCUCACUGUUUGGAGGAUCGCUCAUUCGAAAGUUCCGAGCUUCAAAUGGCGAGGAGUACAAAUGGACGUACAAGACCGAGUCGGAGCAUCAGUGGUCGUGCACUGACUCAGGCAACUAUGUUGUGGCUCAUUACAACCUGAAGCCUCCAAACAAGCCAGCGUUCCGGACGUCUGGCAACAUGUUGACUAUCAACGAGACGCACGCGAGCCUAGCGAUCGGUGAGCUUCUGGCGUCAUUGACCAUCAUGCGUCACGUCGCUGCCUACCAUCUAUGACGGGACCCGAACAAGACGUGUAUACCGAAAGCGCGACUCGUCGAGCAUCACCCAUCGCAGCUUUGAGGUAUUGCCGCAGUAACCUCGGGGCCAACAUGAAGUAUGAUACCAGACUGCGGCAUAAUAUUGAAGGGACACUUACCGUAGAGCGAGGACCCAAGUAAUCUGGCCUCAGAGCCGGUAUGCAUUGUACAAUAGCAGCAACAUGAUCGGAAGCAACUGUGUAUGCAUGUGUACUAUUACGACUUAUCUGCAGGCGUAUUCGCCCUAAGCCCCCGAUGACGUGUGGUGUG